UACGUCCACCUUUAAAAGCCACCCGUGACGACUUCUGCCUGCCACUCGGACGCACUGAAGACGCAGCCUUCUUAACACUCACACAUCAAGCAACUCCGUCUCUCUUUCAGGGAAGCCACUCAAUACAUUUUUUCUUUAAACAUGAGUAUGUCAACGAUGAACCGCGUUUCCGCUGUUAGUCUGCUCUGCCCCGGUGUUAAGGCCAAAGUUUUCGACCAAGGCCCGUUCCCAGCCGCCUCGUCCGGCUCCUCCAAGCUGCCGAGCGAGGAGGAGCUGGACGACGUGUCCGAUGAGGUGGACUCCGCUCCGGCCCCCAUCAAGUCCUCCAGCAAGCUCUCCUUCCCCGGCGGCUUCCAGCAGAGCUCCAACGCGGACGGCUCUCUGCCAAACUCCCCCCCGGACUCGCCGGAUAGCUCCCCGGACGCGCCGCUGGCCGCCUGCUGCUUCCCGAAGGCUGACGCGCAGCUCGAGCGCGACACCCGCGCGCUCGUCGGCGCCUUCCUGCGCUCGUUCGCGGGCCUGAGCCGCGGCGACUGCGCCCAGUCGCGCGCGCUGCCCGUGAUGCGGCGCGUGGUUGAAGAGCUGCUCGAGAAGCAUCACCUGGUGUACCAGGGUAUGAUUCAAAAGCUGGAUGUAGACCAUCGAGAAGAUGACACUAGUUUUGUCACAGCUGUGGCCAAGAACCUCUUCAGUGAUGGACACACCAACUGGGGCCGCAUCGCCAGCCUCAUCGCGUUUGGUGCUGUUGUCUGCCAGCGUCUGAAGGACAGCGGCAGGGAGCACUGUGUAGACAGUGUCGCCAGUCAGAUCUCCUCUUACCUAGUGACAGAGCAACAAGAUUGGUUGAGCAACAAUAAAGGCUGGGAGGGCUUUGUUGACUUCUUCCAUAUUGAGGACACGGAGUCUCUAGUGAGAAAUGCCCUUAUGGCUUUCGCAGGGGUUGCAGGAAUUGGGGCUGGACUUGCUCUUCUCAUCCGGUGAAUCCAACGGACUAAUCGGAGGGCAAAGUGCUUCUCGUGGUAACGCCACCAGACACAAUCCACCGCACCAGAUCGUAACGAAGAUGGUGUGCAGCUUCUGUGAACGGUCUGUGCUUGUGCCGAUGGAAGCAGCAGGACAUGGGGAUGUCACUGAUGGAAUAAAGUUUGGGAGUGGAGUCGUGCCUUUGCUGAGCUGUUGCAGUUCUCUCACAUCCAGUCACUGGUCUUCUCAACUACACGUCAGUUAUUCCUCUUGAACUUCAGUGGCUCCUCUAGGACAUCAGGACAUGAGUAUGAAGCUCCUUCUGCAUCAGCCUACAAACUGUGACCUCCCAGCUUCUGGCAGUGCUGGUUUGAGUUGAAUGUUUGACACUGUAAAUAAUCUGCAACUGAUCUAAUUUAUAAUAAAUUUAUUUUUGUAUUAAAACUUAUUUAAAAAUGGCACUGCAUACUUAGUUGCUCAUUCUGUGCAUUACUCUUCCAAGUGGCAGAAAUGAAAAGCACAUAACUUGCAGUUUUCCUGAUACUGAGCACUUCAGUCUGUUUUUCCCCUCCCCGGGUUGUGUCCCCAGCUAAAGGAAAUCUCUUGCAUCUGAAGAAUAAAAUAAGUGCCAUUAA